AUGUCUUCUGCUACUAUGACCCAAACCCACACUACACCCCGCGGAGGCCGCAGGGGCAGAGGCCGCGGUGGUCGAGGAGGAUUGCAAGGACAGAACGGCAAGAACGCGGGUCCGAAGGCUGCAGAGAAGGCUGACCAGGACCCGAUCAAGCUCAAGGCGUCCGAGUCUGCGCAAACAGUGCAGAAUAAUGCAAGUGUCGCUCCUGUCUCGGAAGCCGACGACGGCGCGGUGUGCUGGAUCUGCGCUGAGCCCGUCAAGUAUUGGUCCUUGUCGGAGUGCAACCAUCGCACAUGCCAUGUCUGUGCACUGCGGCUCAGGGCACUCUAUAAGAAACACGAAUGCACAUUCUGCAAGGAGCCCCAGCCGUCCGUUAUCUUCACGACCUCUCCGGACGCGCUAUGGCCCUCUUACACUCCAGACCAAGUUCCGUACAAGGACCCGAAGCUAUCCGUCUCAUUCGAGACCCAGGAGAUGAUGGAGGAUACUCUCAUUCUCCUCCGGUUCAAUUGUCCCGACAAGGACUGUGAUUACAUCGGCAAUGGAUGGAGUGACCUGAAGCUACACACCCGGGCAGCACAUGGCAAGCUCAUGUGCGAUAUAUGCAUACGUUUCAAGAAGAUUUUCGCGCAUGAGCACGCACUGUACGCCCCCGACCAACUCCCCCUUCACCUACCGUCUAUGCAACGAGGUCGGCACCAUGCAGUACCGACGCAUCAAAUCGAAGGGGGUGUUCACCCACUUUGCGAGUUUUGCCGCGAAUGCUACUUCAGUGACGAUGAGCUGUACACACACAUGAGAGAGAAGCACGAGGAAUGCUUCAUCUGCAAGCGCAAUGAAGUCAAAGAUCAAUAUUUCCGGAAUUACGAUGCGCUGGAGCAACACUUUACGCAUGCACACUACCCAUGCAAUCGCCCAGAAUGUCUACAGCGCAAGUUCGUCGUAUUCGGUACCCUGCUUGACCUGAAGGCACAUAUGGUGGAGGAGCACGGUGCAGACAUGUCCGCGCGCGACAAGAAGGCUGCGAGCCGUGUUCAAGCGGAGUUCGAGUUUGAGGAGGUCGGCAGCAGGCGCGGGAGAGGUAGACAUGACCGCGAGCGCGAGCGAGAACCACCCCCUGCACCACCCCCUCCUGGUCCGUCGCGCCCUACGGGGGCCGGUGGUCGCAGGAGGGAAGCCUUUGGCGGGAACUUGACCAUCCAGCACAGCAAUGUCAAUGUCACACCGAAUGGACAAAUCCCCAACCACAGUCGACAGCAGAGCCGACGGCCGUCACCCUCUCCGGGCGACUUGGAAGGAGAACCUGGGGCAGCUGAGCGAGCAGCUGUUCUUGUAGCACGCAUCAAUUCACUCGCAACGAACCCUGCCUCUGCCGUACCUGCGAUUCAGGCCGCCAUGCGUUCCUACCGUGUCUCGGAAUCAGGCGCUCGGGAUCUGAUCUCGACGGUGUGGAACAUCCUCGACCGCAACCUGGAUGGUACAGCGAGUGUCGUCAAUUUGGUCGUAGACUCGUUGGACGAAGAGGACAAAAAGCAAGAAUUGCUGUCGGCGUGGAAUGGCUUCAAGAUAGAGCAACGCGGGCAGUUCCCCGAGCUCGUACCGACGUCGAUCGGGACACAGUGGGCUGGCGUCACAAGUGGACGGGUUCUGAACGCGAAAAACUCAACCUCCACGCGAGCGUCCGCGCAGUCCUCAAGACAAGUGUGGGACCGCGUCGCUCAAGCAGCCGCAUCGUCGUCUAUCUCGCGAUCACCUACACCACAGAGGUCGCAGGAGCGUUUCCCCGGCUUACCCACCGCGCACUCUACAAAGACGACGCCGUUCCGUCAGUCGCAGCGCAGCACUCCUUGGGCGUCAGCAUCAUCCGCCGCGAAGCCUGUUGCUCGAGGACCGACGUCCGUUCCCGGCCCAGGUGCCAGUAUCAAUCGUCCUGCACCCAACCUCUCGAAGGCCGUGUUCCCUGAACUACCAACGGCGUCCAAGGCGCAGCUCCCUAGGGCCGCCAUAGGCGGGAACAAGUCUUUGCGGAACAUCAUAGGUGAUGCCGCCCCGUCCGUACCUGCGUGGUCCAACGGCGGUAGCUCCUCGAACGGCGCAAAUGGUUCGACUGACCCUACACCUGCCGAGGCUAGCUCCGUGCAGUCCGAGCACACGUCAAACAAAGGCAAGAAGGGCAAGGGGAAGCAGAAACAGACGUUGUUCACUCUUGGUUCGUUCCCGACUUGA